AUGAUCCUCACUGGCCUGGGGGCUGAGGUGAAGGUGAUUGCCAAAAGCUUUUCCGUUAUUUUCGAAAACACCGAUCAGCGAGUGCAGUGGAAAAUGGAAGGGGAACCUUGCAGCGUUUGGCAAACCGAACUCAAGAUGAAGUACUACUUCUGGAAGUUUGUCCAGGAAGAGAUUGGCGAAUGCAUUGAUCUGCACGUCGAGUUCCUAGCUAUGUUGAACAGAGUUCGGCCGAUGCUGAAUAAGAUGUUUUAUUUGUUCUACUAUACAACUGCUUUGAGCUUAGCUUGCGCUGCCAUAUAUUUGGCUACUAAGAAAUCCAUCUCAAUGAUUUUCAUACACACAUUAAUACACGCAUUGUUGAUUGCAUUUGAAUUCAUGAUUUUGACUCGCAUGGUGUCUUGGCUGAAUGAGGCCCACCAAUCCAUCGGCAACGAGGUGUACGGCCUGGAUUGGCCGAUGAGGCUGGAGUGUGAUGAUCUGUUCGUCGUGGAGCAUCGCUCAGUUCGCAAGAUUAUGACUGUGGUGAUAGCGGUGUCUCAACAACCACUGAGAUUGAACGGCUUCGGAAGCGAGGAGUUUACCCAGGAUCGAUUCUGGGCUUUGCUCAAUCUGACAUAUAACUUUUACAACGUUCUCAACGACUACAACGAUUGUUGCGUGGUGAAAACAGCGCCAUAAGCGCAUCGAG